ACCUGUCUUUUGGUAUUUAUAUAUUUAUUAUGAAGCCUCUGAACAACUUAAACAGUUUGGGAUUAUAUAUAAUGUUAUAUUUUGUUAUUUUAAACAGUUUCAGAUGCAAUUGUCCACUCUGAGGGCAUCAGGGUGUUAAAAUGCGUAGCCAAUUCCCCUUCUCAGUGGCAGCCAGCUGCUGAGGAAGAGUUCCUUGAAACCCCUUCAUCAGGAAUGAGCGGUGAUUCCUUCCCACCCCCGGCCGAGUCUCUCCCCCCACCCUCACUUAACGAGCCCCGAGCAAACGCAUUUGAAGCGCCACGGCGGCGUCUGCUCCUCCAGCUCGGCGUUCCUCUCCCUUCCACCGCGGCAGUGGCGCGCGGAGGAAAGCCCGGACACCGACGAUCCCGGCGGCAGAGAGCCGCGCGCCAGGUGUCAUGACGCACCGCAGAAUUUGGCACCUGCCCCAACUUCUGUCCUCGACUCGGGCAGCAUGAGCGCGCGCCGCCUGAAGUCGAAUUUCUUUCGAUCAAGCUGCUCCUCACUUUGCGUCACCAGCCAGGACCGGUUUGCCAUCCCUGUCCUGUUGUCACCACCGAUGAUGUAAUUGUUUCCUUUGGAUGGAUCUGCGCUCUGCUGCUGCCUCCUUCUGCGUCGCAUAAGAGCCACCCUGCGAGCGCGCGCCUCCAAACUGCUGCUUGUGUGGACUCUCCAACCUUCCUCAACUUCAUCAACUUUUCUUUCUAGUGUGGAUUUGUGCGUAAAACGAGCACGCAGGAGAUGAGAGGAAACGACAGCAGCAUGUGGAGUUGUUUCCCGAGGAUCUAGUCGUGGAUGUAUGGAGAGGAGCAGCCCGAGGAUGACUGGAGGAUCCCGGGAGGCGCCGGUGAACGUCUCUCCGGCGGUGGCGGCCAACGCGGAGGGCGAGGAGAUUGAGGUUUUGGAAAGUACGGAUGUCCUCCCCGUGGCUCCAGAGGAUGUUCAAUGGAAGACUCUGUUUGACAAGUACGACCCGGAUAAUUCCGGCUUUAUCAGCACAGAGCGAUUCAAGGACUUGCUGGAAGCCCAUGGCUCCGAGCUCGACCCUCACAAACUGGAGGUCCUGCUGGCGCUUGCAGAUGGAAACGCAGACGGAAAGAUCUGCUACCAGGACUUUGUCAACCUGAUGAGCAACAAACGCUCCAACAGUUUCCGCAGGGCCAUUCUGCAGGGGAGCCGGCAGCUGAAAGGCUGCAGUCUCAACGAUGAAGUUGGCUUGGGGCUGUCCCAGAGAUUAGUGCGCCAUGUUGCUUAUGAAACAUUGCCCCGAGAGGUGGACCGCAAGUGGUACUUUGACAGCUACACGUACUGCCCCCCUCCCUGGUUCAUCCUGGCUAUCACCAUUGCUGAGGUAGCCGUGUUCAUCUAUUAUGGAUUCAAGCUGGAUCGAUUAGUCCUGCAGGUGUCCAGCCCGUCCUUCCUAAAGAGCCCCCUUCCUUACCACCCGCAGCUCCGAACCCAGGCCUGGAGGUACUUCAGCUACAUCUUUAUGCAUACUGGGAUUGAACAUUUGAGCCUGAACAUGGCCAUGCAGCUCCUGGUAGGAGUCCCUCUAGAGAUGGUCCACGGUGCACUGAGGAUCGGACUGGUCUACUGGUGUGGUGUGUUGGCAGGUUCUCUGGCGGUGUCGGUCACUGACAUGACGGCUCCCGUGGUCGGAUCGUCUGGGGGAGUUUAUGCCCUGGUGUCAGCCCACUUGGCCAAUGUAGUAAUGAACUGGUCAGGAAUGAAGUGCCAGUUUAAGUUAUUUCGAAUGGCCAUGGCUCUGGUCUGCAUGAGUGUGGAGUUCGGUCGAGCUGUGUGGCUGCGGUUCUACCCCCCGGCCUUCCCACCGUGCCCGAACCCCAGCUUCGUGGCUCACCUGGGAGGAGUGUUGGUCGGUCUUACUCUUGGCGUGGUGGUGCUGCAGAACUAUGAGCAACGGCUCCAAGAACAGUCUCUGUUCUGGAUAUUUUUCUGUGUGUACACCCUGUUUGUGCUCUGUGCAGUAUUCUGGAACAUUUUUGCCUACAGCCUCCUCGAUGUACGGAUGCCCCCCGUUCCGUGAGCUGGCUUUUGGAGGCAGUUAAGACAAAGUUCUCUCCUUGUUUUAGCCUCGAUGGAUGUGUGUUCGAUCUUCUGGGAGCUUUGUCAUGUUCUUAAGUCAUUUGGCGGCCACUCUUCUCCCACGUGUUUCCACCACAUACAUGUAUCCGCUUUUAUGUACAGCUACCUCCACACUGGUAUGAUUCUGAAUUGAUGUAUUUAUUUACUUUAAGCCACAUAUAUACCAGGGAUCUUCUUAAUCCAGCAUUUUUAAGCCUAUAUGUUGACUGCAGUUUCAGUUCCAAAGUUAAGUUUGAAAGCUAAUCCAAAAUAAUAAACCCAUGAAAUGUGAACACAAUUUACAUCUUCUUUUCCUAAAGCCUCCUUUAUGUGAUCACAUAACAGCUUUACAAAACAGCCAGCUUUGAUAGUGGUGCUAUUAGCUACAAUAAAGACAGAGCUGCGUACAUUGCUGUUCUACAUGGCUGCAAAUAAUGAAGUUGAGCUCUGCAUUUAGUGAAAUUACUGCUAUUUCUUUGUGCAAAAGUAUCGAGCAAAACAUCAGUAGUGCUUUCAAGGAUGAACGCAGCUGUCAUUUAUCUAGACCAGGGGUCUGCAACCUGCGGCUACAGAGCUACAAGUAGUUUUAAAAAGUAUCUGUAAACUAAAACAUAAGUAAGUGGUGAAGUAAAAGUAAACUAAGUUAAACGUUAACUCACUGACAUGCAGUUAAAGAACAAUUCGUAUCACAAGCCGAACUAAAACAUAACAAAUUUUAAAUCACUGUGUACCAGAAAGUCACUGAGCACCCCCUGAAUUUAGACACACUGGAUUAUAAAGCAGAUUUUCAAUUUUUGAAUAAAUUCAAAUAUUUUAAGUGCACCUUAUGGCUUGAAAAAUACAGCAAGGGUCACUUAAUUAGCUCUAGUUUAAUUCUGGUUUGCUGAAUUUGCAAAUUUAUGUCUGAGUUGCACCUCAAAAGGUCAGAUUAACUGUUUUUAUUAGUUCACUGCUGCCAUUAUCUGCAAUUACUUUUGCUGCAUUGAGAAAAUCCAGUGACACGGUGUAUUUUAUUUUGAAAAGAAGUCACGUGAAGCUCUGCCAAAAGUUAGAAACAAUUUCAUAUUUUGGAAAAAAUCUUGAUGUUUAUGUCUUGUUUAUGCCAAAAAAUAUUAUUAUUUUUUUAUAUUUAUUAAAACAGUAACAAUAGAAUAAAAGCAAAUCAGUGUUUGUUUUUUUUUUUUUAGGGUGAAGACAGACAUUUAGGUUCUUACUGGGUUGUGAUCAGUGAGAAAUCAUCCAAAUGACUCUUUAAGUGUUGAUGGUUGCAGACCCCUGAUCUAAACCAAUAGAAGUAAUACACAAAAAACCAUAAAAAUUGUAUAUUUUUUAGUAUUGGUAUUUAAAGCAUAUUUUGCUUACAUAAAUUCAAUAAUCUAAUGUUGUGUUUACUAGUCAAUUUUUUGCCCAUAACAUCAUCAUUUUUAUUUAUGUCAGUGCAUAAUCAAGUCAUUUAUUAUUUGGUUGAAAGUUUAUUUACCUUUUUCAAAAUGGUUAAAAAAAUAAUUAAAUAAAAAUUGAUAUUUUUCACAGUUUGUGGAGUUUUGUAAAUUAUAUAUAAAUAAAUCAAGCAACAAAACGAAUUAGUCCCAAACAGGUUUAGAGAAAUCUGACAAACAUUUAGGUUAUGAGAAAAGCUGAUGUUGUGGUUUCAUGAUGAUACAAAUCCUUUCUUUUGGGGGUUUGACAUGCUGAUGGAGAUGUGGACAAGAACAAGCUUAACCCAUAAGAACCUAUAGUGAAAUCAAUGUAACAGAAAAAUAUGUGAAAUGUUUUCUGUGGUCAACUUGGUAUUUUCCUUAUAAUUUUAUUUUUAAGGCAAAAUGGAUCUGGGUCUUUAAUGUAUUGGUCAGAUCAGAUGUACUCGUGUGAGCCUAGUUUCUAUGUCUGCUGAAUUUCUUGUGGGACUCUUGCUGACAAAAAGCCUCGGACAUAAGCGACAGCAUCGGUAAACCUCUGCCUAUUUCUCUUUAAUCCAAAGGUGCCUUCUCAUGAAGACAUCAGCCUUCUGAAGUGUUUUUGCACAUUUUGCCUCUUCUUUAGAGCAACAAUGCUAAAACCCUAUUGUGUAGGGGUUUAUCUGCAUUUCUUUACAGACAUAAAGAAAACUAUCAUGGGAGAGUUUGGGCUUUGAGCAUAGUACAUAUUCAAACAAAACACAGGUAUGUUAAGGAUUACAUAAGUUUCAGAAAAUUUCUAUGAUUUUCAAUAUUUUAGGAAAAUAGGCUACUUCUCAUUGUUACUUUUAGCAUCAGGAGUUGAAGGUAUUCAGCACUAUUUGAACAUCAGCUUUAUGUAUUUUAUAUGUGGAUGUACAACAUGUGCAGAGAUCUGAAAGAAACAAAAGUGCCAUUGAGACUUUUAAAAUGAUGCCAAAAGCUUGCAACACUGCAAAAACUGAAUCUAAAGAAAGUAUAAAGGUCUUUGUUUCAAGAAAAUAAGUCUUAUUUUCUGUUUUGCAAGAAAAGCGAUCUGAUCAAGAAAGUAUUUUCAAUAGAAAAAUAAUCUGGUGAUGCUCUGACAAGCAAACAAACAAACGAAUGAACAGAUAUUUUGAUUGAUCGUAUGGAAAAGCAGUGGGAUUUCUUAAAGUGACAGUCGGGACCUCAUCAUGUCAAGAUGGUAGAAGUGCACAACAUUUUGAGGUGUUUUACCAUAGCAUAUUUUUGAUAUGACAGAUACAGUCUGAUAAAAAUAGUGCUUUGAUUGCUGGUUUGUGAUGUUUGAGCUACAUUUUGAAGAUCAAAAUCUGAAGGUUUGUGAACCCUGGCUUCAAAUACUUCUGUCACUAGUAGAAGCACAGAUACUUGACCUGAACAACACAUUGCCUUAGGCUGUUUCAGUUUUAACAGGACAUCGGCACAAAGUUUAUGACUUAUGAGCUCUGAGUUCAUUCAUAAUUCUCCGACUGUACUCUUCUCUGACCUCAUGUUACACUGAUAACUGCUUAGCACAACCCAAUGUAACCUUCUAAUGCAGAGGAGUACUUUAAAAUGAAAAUCUUGAUUAUUUUUAUGUGGUUAUAAUAAUAUUUUGUGUGACUUGUAUUGUUGGUCUGCAUUGUGAUAUGUUAGCUAAAUCCUAUAUGUAUCCUAUUUAAUUCAUGUUUAAUUAUGGCCUGGAAUUGUAGAGGAUAAGGGCUACGACACCAAACUGAGUAAGUGGUAAAUUAAAGAUAGUAUUUUAACAUUGUGCAUAUUUUGUAGAUUUGAUAUGUACAUACAAGUGGUUCAAUAAACUGUUUUAUAAGAAACUGAA